AUGGACCUCAGGACCUUCAGCAUCAGCAUCACCCUGCUGCUGCUCCAGUCGACAGCUCCGGCAGCUCAUGAUGACGGCUGGUCGAUGACAGUUCCUCCGGAGGUCCUGGCUCGGGAGGGGUACCCGGUGGUGCUGCCCUGCUCGUUUACUCACCCCCACCAGACCCACCACUCCUCCAUGCAGGUGGUGUGGCGCCUGGGUCACGGGCACACCGGCACGGUGCUGUUCCGCUGCUCCAGCCUGAACGGCAGCCAGCACUGCCAGCCACGCCCAAACCAGGACCAGCGCUACCGGCUGGAGGGGAACCACCGCGAGCACGACCUGUCACUGCGCAUAAACAGCGCCGCCCUGCAGGACAGCGGGCGCUACUACUGCCGGGUCGAGCUGCCGGGACAACUGCACGGCAACUACGAGAAUAAACUGGGGACGAGGCUGAGAGUGGAAGCUCCUCCCCGUAUCCUGAGCCUGACCGUAGAGGGCGCUGUGGAUGCCGGUCUGAAAGCCCUGUGCCGGGUCCAGGGCUCCCCCCUGCCUGACGUCCAGUGGAUGGGUCCGGAUGAUUAUUUGGAGGAUGAUACUGGACUCCCGCUCUCUCAGGAAGCCCCCGGUCAGCACCGGACCACCAGCCAGCUCCUGGACGUCCAGCCGGGGGGGCAGUACACCUGUACCGCCUCAAACCACCUAGGAAAGGACCAAGCCAUGGUGUACAUUCUACCCAGCGUUCCAGAGAAGAUCACCAGUGAGACCCACUCUACUGCCCUGCCACUCAUGCUGGGGUUAGCAUUAGCGGCUAAAGUGGUGCUAGCCUUGGGUUUGGGGGGCUGGAUACUUAACGCUUUCCACUCAAAGCAGCAAACAGAGGGUCCAGACUUUACUUCCUAAGGUUCAUAAAGACGUAACCCUGCUGGUCAUGUUUUAACGUUUCCAUAAUGUUAGAAUUCAUCUAGCUGGGAGUAUUCGUUUUAUGUAAGACGGGUUUUAAUAACGUUGUGAAGUUUUCAGAACAUUCCUGGAACAUUAUUUCUGAAACGUUCCAGGCUAACCUUUCUGGAACCUUUACAAAACAUUGCUAAACAUUCUUAAAACGUUCUCAGUUAGCUGGGAAGACUAUUAUAAGCCUAUUAGAUAACUGUCCAGAUCACUGUCAAUUUUGUAAAAGUAAAAGUUAAUUUUACUAAUUAGAAAUUGGGAAAUCAGCUGAAUUGAAGACAUUAAGUAGAUAUAACUGGG